AUGACGAAGCACUGGAACGUCACACCUGCGGUACCGACGGCCCAGGGGUCGGAGGGCAAGAGCACCAAGAAGCGCCGCAUCUCGCCGGAGCCCGAGGCCGCCAACAGCGCCGGCCACGUCAGCGACGGCUCCGCCAUCGCUUCCAAGUCCAAGUCCAAGCACGGCGACGCCUCGGAGGCCCAGGCGGCCGUCACGAAGAAGGCGCCCAAGCCCAGCAAGUACGGUCCCGAGCAGAUCCCGCCCGGCUCGGUCGUCCUCGGCGGCGUGCGCGGCAUCAUCGAGGAGCUGCAGCGCUACGUCUUCGCGCGGACGCGGAAGCCCGAGGACUUUGCCUGCUUCGGCGAGCAGCCCAUGGGCAUCCUCAUCUCCGGACCCCCGGGCACCGGCAAGCAGUCGCUCGUGCGAUCGCUGUCGUGGAGGACGCGAACGCCCGUCAUCUCCAUCGGACGGUACCUGGCUGAGACGCGGUCGCCCGAGAAGGUCAGCAAGAUUUUCACCGACGUGCUGGACGAGGCGAAGAAGGUGGCGCCGUGCGUUGUUCUCUUUGACCAUCUCGACGAGUACAUGACCAAGUCGGGCAACAGCCACAGCGAGUUCGACCACGAGGUCAUCUCGCAGCUGAAGCUCGGCCUCCGGCGCCUGCGGGAGUGGGAGCGGGAGGGUCUGCGCGUGGUGAUUGUGGGCACGACGAGCAAGCUCGAGCUGGUCGACUCGACGCUGCGGCGGCCCGACUUCUUCGCGCAGACCAUCACCGUCAAGGUGCCCAACACGGACGCCCGCGAGGAGAUCUUCCGAGCGCUGACGCGAGACCUCGAUAUCCCGUCCGAGGUUGACUUCAAGACCCUGGCGGUGCGCACGCACGGCUUCGUCGGCGACGACAUCCGAGCCGUCAUCCAGGUCGCCAACCGCAAGGCCAGCGACCGCUUCAUGGACGUCGAGCAGGCGCGCGCGCGCAACACCAUCCUCCCGGAAAGGAUGGAGACGUCUGAGGCCCCCUGGGAUCGCGACCUCGAGGACGCCUGUCUGUGGUACGACUACAUCGAGCACCCGUCCUACACGGAGCCCACCCGCAUCCACGUCGGGCAGCAGGACUUUGUCGACGCCAUCGCCGAGCACACGCCCUACAUGCGCCGCGAAGGCUUCAGCUCGAUCCCCAGCACGUCGUGGUCCGAGGUCGGCGCGCUGCACUCGGUCCGCGCCGCGUUCCAGGUCUCCAUCGUCCGGCGCAUCAAGGAGCCGCUGCUGUUCCAGAAGUUCGGCAAGCAGCGCCCGGCCGGCGUGCUGCUGUUCGGCCCGCCCGGCUGCGGAAAGACUCUCGUCGCAAAGGCCGUCGCCAACGACGCGCAGGCCAGCUUCAUUCUCAUCAAGGGCCCCGAGCUGCUCAACAAGUACGUGGGCGAGUCGGAGCGCGCCAUCCGCGAACUCUUCACCAGGGCCAAGUCGUGCGCGCCGUGCAUCCUCUUCUUUGACGAGAUGGACUCGCUGGUGCCCAAGAGAGAGAACACCACCACCGAGGCCGGCGCCCGCGUCGUGAACGCGCUGCUCGCCGAACUCGACGGUGCCGGCGACCGGGGCGAGGUGUACGUCAUCGGCACCAGCAACAGGCCCGACAUGAUCGACCCGGCCAUCCUGCGCCCCGGCCGUCUGGACAAGCUGCUCUUUGUAGAUCUGCCCACAGAGGACGAGCGCGUCGACAUCCUGCGCACCAUUGUUCGCAACGGCAUCGGCGGCGCCGAGGGCAACGGAGCCGUUGAUAUCGAGGCCAUUGCAAGAGACAAGCGGUGCGCCGGUUUCAGCGGCGCAGACCUGUACGGGCUGUACAAGAACGCGCUGGACGAGUGCGUGCUACGGUACGAGGGCGGUGAGCCGUCGUUGACGAGGGAGGACUGGGAGGCCGCGAUGAGCAAGACGAAGCCCAGCGUGCCGAACCCGGAGACAUAUAGACGGUUGGCGGCCAAGUUGCACCACCAGACAUGA